AUGAUCAAGUUUUACUUUUUCCUUCUUCUUUUCGUGCUCUUCUCCUUUCAUCAAUUCCUCACAGUGAAGGCUCAAAACAAUUCACUUCCAACAACUUUUGAAAAUUGUUACGCAUUUCGAUCCAAAUCCUCAUCUGACAUUUACAAAGUUGAAUGGACAUUGGAUGAACUAAAUGAUCGAUUGAGUGUAAAAUUUACUCUUCCAAGUGCUCCAGGUUACGGAGCGGUCGGAUUUAAAAAUCCAAAUCAAGGAUUUGGAAUGUCAGGAAGUACCGUUUUGCUUGGUUAUGGAAAUGGAAUUGUCAAUGAGUACUUUGCCAGUGGCAAUACUCAACCAAACAAACUCACCAACAACCAAUUCAUUGUUGCCUCUUCUUCCACCAUUGGAAAUGUCACCACCUUAACCUAUGUAAGAACUCUCUCACGUCCCAAUGGAGCUCCAAACACUUAUUUUGCGUUUACCAAGAAUAACAGUGUCACUCUUUUAUUUGCAAGCUCUUUGAAAGUACCUGCCAGUCCAACGAGUUUUCUACAACAUUACAGAGCUGAUUUGUAUUCGGGAGGACUUGAUUUUUAUAUGAAGAAUGUGAAUACUUGUAUUCCUAUUACUUCGGGAGUAACAAUGAGAAUGGAUGGAUGGGAUGGAUUAAGAAUGAAUGGAUUGCAUUCUAUGGUGAUGUUGUGUUUGACAAUAUUUUCUAUUAUGGUGUGGUAA